UUGGAAAAUGAGAGGAGAACUGAAAGGCAGGAGAGAAUGCCUGCAGGAAGGAGUCGAAGUAAGCCAAUUCUUCAUGUGCUGAAUAAUAAAAACACCAGCAAGAGACACUUGACAUGCAGUGAGUGUGGGAAAAGCUUCAGCAACACCUCUAACUUGAUUGCUCACGAGAGGAUCCACACAGGAGAGAAGCCGUACAAGUGCUCUGAUUGCGGGAAGACAUUUGGGAAGAAAUCGACGCUCAUUACCCAUGAGAGGAUCCACACAGAGGAGAAACCAUAUGAAUGUUCUGUCUGUGGGAGGAGCUUCAGCCAAACCUCCAGCCUCAUUGCCCACGAGAGAAUCCAUACGGAAGAAAAACCAUACGAGUGUUCAGAAUGUGGGAAGAGCUUCAGUUUGAAAUCAAGCCUGGUUGCCCAUGAGAGAAUCCACACAGGAGAGAAGCCCUACAAGUGCUCAGACUGUGGGAAAAGCUUCAGCCAGAAAUCUGCCCUCAUUGCACAUGUGAGGACACACAGAGGCGAGAAACCCUACACGUGCUCAGUAUGUAGGAAAAGCUUCAGCCAGAGCUCGAACCUUAUCGCUCAUGAAAGAAUCCACACAGGAGAGAAGCCGUACCAGUGCUCUAACUGCGGGAGGAGCUUCAACUGCAGCUCCAGCCUUAUUAGACACCAGAGGAUUCACACUGAGGACAAACCGUAUGAGUGUUCAGACUGUGGGAAAAGCUUCAGCUGUAGUUCUAGCCUCAUUAGACAUCAGAGGACCCACACAGGCGAGAAGCCCUACAAAUGCACGGACUGCGGCAAAACUUUUAGCGUCAGCUCCCAGCUUAGUGUCCAUCAGAGGACCCACACGGGAGAGAAGCCAUACAAAUGCUUGGACUGUGGGAAAAGCUUCAGUGUGAGAUCGAGCCUCAGUGCCCACAAGAGAAUCCACACAGGUGAGAAACCUUAUAAAUGUACAGACUGUCCGAAGAGCGUCUACUUGAGAUCUAGUCUCAAUGCACACAGGAGAAUCCAUGGAGGGAAAAAGCCGUAUGACUGUGCAGACUGCGGGAAGAGCUUCACUUGCAGCUCAAACCUCAUCAGGCACCAGAGGAUCCAUACGGGUGAGAAGCCAUACAACUGCACAGAUUGUGGGAAAAGCUUCACGUUGAGUUCCAACCUUAUUGCCCAUCAGAGAACGCAUACAGGAGAAAAGCCGUACCAGUGCUCGGACUGUGGCAAAUUCUUCAGCGUGAGUUCUCAGCUCAAUGUUCACCAGAGAAUCCACACGGGAGAGAAACCUUUUGAGUGCUCAGACUGUGGCAAGAGCUUCACUUGUAGUUCGGGCCUUAUUAGACAUCAGAGGACUCACACAGGAGAGAAACCUUAUCAGUGCUCAGACUGUGGUAAAAGGUUCAAUCUGAGUUCGAAUCUCAUUACACACCAGAAGACCCACAGAGGAGAGAAACCGUACAAAUGUGUGUACUGUGGGGAAAGCUUUAAUAACCAAGCCAGUCUGGUGAGGCACCAGAGAAUCCACACGGGAGAGAAACCACACACUUAUAUGGAUUGUGGGAAAAGCUUCAAUAAGCGUUCAAAUCUCAUUACCCACCAGAGGAUCCACACUGGAGAGAAGCCGUACAGGUGCGUGGAUUGCGGGAAAAGUUUCAGUUUGAGCUCGAGCCUCGUCAGGCACCAGAGAAUCCACACAGGGGAGAAGCCGUACCAGUGUUCGGUCUGUGAGAGAAGUUUCAAUCAGAAACCCUCCCUCAUCGUUCACGAGAGAACUCACCAGCGAGAGAAGCCAUACAAGUGCUCAGCAUGCGAGAAAAGCUACAGUCACGUCACCAGCCUGAUGGCGCACGAGAAAAUCCACCGGGAAGAGAAGCCGUACAAAUGUGCCGAGUGUGGGAAAAGGUUCAGCUUCAGCUCGCAGCUCAUCACGCACCAGAGGAUCCAUGCGGAGGAGAAGCCGUACAAGUGCUCGGUGUGCGAGAGGGGCUUCAGCCGGCCCUCCAGCCUCGUGGUACACGAGAGGAUCCACACGGGCGAGAAGCCGUACAAGUGCGUGGACUGUGAGAAAAGCUUCCCUUCCAACUCGAGUCUGGUGAGGCACCAGCUGACCCACUCGGAAGAGAAACUGGGUGCCUGCUCAGAUUGUGGGAAAAACUUCACUGUCCGCUCAGGCCUACAGAGAAUGCAGGCAGGAGGGAAACGGCCUCAGUGCGUAGACUGUGAGAAACGGUUCAGCUUGGGCUCUGCUGUUAUCUCCCAAGAGAGCUCUUGUACGGAGGAGAGACUUUCCAACAAGCUGGGCAGGGGACAGCAUUACACCAUCAAAGCUAUCGAUCCCAUGGCAAUACUAACAGAGGGUCCUUCCUUUCGGCAAUGCCCUCAGUCCACUCAUUAUCAAAUAAACUACGUAGGAUGGGAGUGA